AUGGCGGUGCUUGCAAGUCUGAAAUUUCCUGCCCAGUAUCACGCCAAAGCGUGUAAGGAGGAGCCGACCACCUACACCUGCACCACCUGUAAGCAGUCCUACGGCAGCGCCUGGUUCCUGCUGCAGCACGCUCAGAACACGCAUGGUUUCCGGAUAUACCUGGAGAGCGAGCACGGAAGCCCGCUCACGCCACGCAUGGGCCGGCCAUCGUCUCUGGGUGGAGGCGCCAACUGCCCCUCCCAGCCCCCCCUCCAUGGCCUCCACCUACCCCCUGAUGCGAGCCCCUUCAACCUGCUCCGCAUCCCUGGCUCAGGCUCCGGCGGGAGGGACAGCACCGGGGCGGGGGUUGGCAGUGGCAAUAGUGGAGGACAUCAUCAGCGGUUCCCCCCGACGCCGCCACUCUUCAGCCCUCCGCCACGCAACCACCUGGACCCUCACCACCACCUGAGCCCUGAGGAACUGGCGCUGGCAGCCCACCACCCGAGUGCCUUCGACAGGGUGCUGCGCCUCAACCCACCACUGGCCCUGGAUCCGCCUCCAGCCAUGGACUUCUCCAGGCGGCUGAGGGAGCUGGCGGGCAACACCUCAGGUUCCACUCCGCCGUUGUCCCCCAGCCGGCCCGGCCCAAUGCAGCGGCUGCUUCAGCCCUUUCAGACAGGAGGAGGAGGUGGAACAGGAGGCGCGGGAGCCACGGGUGGGAGUAAGCCACCAUACCUUUCCACCCCACCACCACUUCCUGGGUCCAUGCAGUCACCGUCAGGCUCCCAGACCACAGCCACCACCCCGAUCCCCUCCGUGGGUGCACCCUCUUCCUCCUCAAAUGCCCCCUUGAAAUCAAAGUCAUGCGAGUUCUGCGGCAAGACCUUCAAGUUCCAGAGCAAUCUCAUUGUGCACCGCCGCAGCCACACAGGCGAGAAGCCGUACAAGUGUCACCUCUGUGACCACGCCUGCACACAGGCUAGCAAGCUGAAGCGCCACAUGAAAACGCACAUGCACAAGUCAUCCUCACCCAACGCGGGCAAGUCAGAGGAUGGGCUUUCGGUAGCCUCCUCGCCAGAGCCCGGCACCAGCGAGCACAUGGGCAGCGCCAGCAAUGCCCUUAAGUCAGUGGUGGCCAAGCUGAAGAGCGAGAAUGACCGCAUGCUGCGGGAAAACGGGGAAGAGGAGGAGGAGGAAGAGGAGGAGGAGGAGGAGGAAGAAGAAGAGGAGGAAGAAGAGGAGUUAGAGGAGGAAGAAGAGGAGUUAGAGGAGGAACAGGAGCAGAAUGGAGAGAGAGGAGUGAGGAGAAACAACAACAGCUACCACUUUGGCCUGAACCUGGAGGCGACGCGGCAUCACGAGAACAAUGGCAGCGUUGGUGGGCGUCUGGGUGGGAGCGCUGAUGAGGGCACCAUCCCACGGUCUCUACCAGAAGUGAUGCAGGGGAUGGGCCUUGCUGCCAGCAUGCAACACUUCAGCGAAGCCCUCAGUGCACACAAACGCAAUGCCAUGGUCCAAGAGAACCACCUGCACCACCACCUGAACCGGGACCACCACCUGAACCGGGACCACCACCUGAACCGGGACCACCGACUGAACCAGGAUCACCACCGCAAUCGUGAGAUGUGCGAUGAGGACUCAGUGCUGGAGUCAGACCGGGGCGGUGAGGGCUGUGUCUCCACGGUCAAUGGGCGGGGAGCCUCCCCCAAUGAAUCUGCCUCAGGAGGUCUCUCUAAGAAACUACUUCUGGCCAGCCCUGGUCCACUCAGCCCGUUCUCCAAACGCAUCAAGCUAGAAAAGGAGUUUGACCUGCCAACGCCCACCAUCCCCAACACAGAGAACGUCUACUCCCAGUGGCUGGCUGGCUAUGCCGCCUCCCGACAACUCAAGGACCCUUUUCUGAACUUUGGGGAUUCCAGACAAUCGCCCUUUGCCUCUUCGUCCGAGCACUCCUCGGAGAAUGGCAGCCUGCGUUACUCGACCCCACCGGGGGAGCUGGACGGCGGGGUAUCGGGCCGCAGUGGUACGGGGAGCGGCGGCAGCACGCCUCACCUCGGGGGUCCGGGUCGGCCUAGUUCCAAGGACGGCAGGCGGAGCGAUACGUGCGAGUUCUGCGGCAAGAUUUUUAAGAACUGCAGCAACCUGACAGUGCACCGGCGCAGCCACACGGGGGAGAGACCUUACAAAUGUGAGCUGUGCAACUAUGCCUGCGCCCAGAGCUCCAAACUAACACGCCACAUGAAGACCCACGGCCAGGUGGGCAAGGACGUGUACAAGUGUGAGAUUUGUCAGAUGCCCUUCAGUGUCUACAGCACCUUGGAGAAACAUAUGAAAAAAUGGCACAGUGAUCGGCCCCUGAGUACCGAAAUAAAGUCGGAGUAG